AUGGGUUCAAUAGACAGCCCAAAUUUCCUCAAUUAUCCGGAAGCUAAGAAGGGGCCUGAUAUCUCGUAUCACAAUGAUAGAAAACCGAACCCCGCGAUGAGAGGAAUAGUGGUGGUCAUUGGGGCGUUUCUCUUCAAAUGGCUACCUUUCCUUCGAAAGUUGAUUUGGUUCAAUGCUGGGUUUGGCGUUUUGCGCCGUAUUCGAGAGGACCUGGGCGACUAUGAACCCAGGUUUGACCCGACCGUUAUCCCCUUGCCUGACCCGGGGAAUGCAGAACGAGAGAAUGAGAUUCUCCUCCACUCUGAAAGCCAGUCAACGUUGGAACGACAACAUGGAAACUACUACUCGGUCACGGACUACCAUAAUAUGUAUAUGUCAGGUGAACUGACACCAAUUGCAGUUGCAAAAGCAAUAAUCCCACUGAUCCGCAGAGAUAUCACGCCACCAGGAGAGCAUUCAUUAGCUUGGUUUGAUACCAAAAUUGACCUGGUUUUGGCUGCAGCAGAGGCUUCGACCCAACGGUAUAAAAACAAGUGCCCGAUUGGCUUGUUAGAUGGCGUCCCCACAGCCGUCAAAGAUGAGUAUGACAUUGAUGGCUAUAGGACUUGUCUAGGCUCUGCAAAUGAUUACACUAGUGCUGCACUGCCUGAAAAGUCAAUCACUAGUUGGUGCGUGAGGCAACUGGAAGAUGCUGGAGCUGUUAUACUUGGGAAACUUGCCAUGCAUGAAUUUGGUCUGGACACAUCCGGGAAUAACCCCAUCCACGGUACACCACGCAAUCCCUUCAAUAGUCAAUACUACACCGGAGGCAGUUCUUCGGGCUCAGCAUACGCUGUUAGCGCUGGCCUAAUCCCGAUCUCUCUAGGGAGUGACGGCGGCGGGAGUAUCCGUAUACCGUCCUCCUUCUGCUCCGUAUACGGGUUAAAACCUACGCACAGCAGACUCUCUCACCGCCCAGGAUGUAACCAUUCCAAUACUUGCGCAGUGAACGGCCCCAUUGCUGCUGAUAUACGCUCUCUCGCACUUCUCUACCACGUUAUCGGCACGCCGCACCCUUCGUCUCACUUCCCAACCCUCUCGCCGCCGCUGGCUCCUCCUAUUCGUCCGAGGAAUAAGGUCCUGGGCAUUCCAGAAGCUUGGUUCUCCCAAUCGACUCCGGCAAUUCAACAACUCUGCCACUCACUCUUGGAUAAGCUCGUUUCCGCGUGCGAUUACACACUUAUUCCGAUAGAGAUCCCCUACCUUAAAGAAGGGCAAGCUGCCCACGCCAUGACAGUCCUCACGGACGCCGCUACCCUUCUUCCAGACACUGAAGGUCUGACUGCUGCGAAUAAAAUCAUGAUUGGUCUUGGCACCAUCACCCCAGCGACGGAUUUCUUGCUUGCUCAGAAACUUCGGCAGCUUCUUAUGCAGCACCUCGCUUACCUGUGGAAAGAAUACCCCGGGAUGAUCAUUGUAACGCCUACCACGAGCUGUGCAGGGUGGCCGAUUCGUUCCGAAUCGGAACUAAAACAUGGAAUUAACGACGGAAAUCAAACCUUAAAGACGAUGGAAUACGUUUGGAUGGCCAAUUUUACAGGUAUCCCCGCCUUAAAUGUUCCGGCAGGAUUUGUGAUUCCUGAAGGGACACCUGGCGCCGGCGAAGUGGCAGAAACGGACACGGUAGGCAAAGUCCCCGUUGGACUGAUGGGGAUGGGAGAAUGGGCAAGUGAAGACAAUUUACUACAAUGGGGACUAGAUAUCGAAAAGGUUGGGGAGGAACGACUCUCGAGGCCGCCAAUUUGGGUCGAUGUGGUUGAAAAGGCGGUAGAAGUGAUGAAGGAUGAAGAUAUAGACAUAAUCGCGGCAAAGAUGGAUGCUAAUUGA